AUGGCAACAACACCCUCUUCAGCAACAGGCGCCGCAAAGGCAGCAACGGUGGCGUUCGAUAAGGAUGCGGUACCGCGCGACCCGGUGCCGCGUAACCCGGUGCCGCUCUCGGCGGGGCAGGAGCAGCAGGUGCGCGACCUGUACCACAAGCGGGUGAGGCAAAAGUGCGCGGACGAGGUUAAAGAAUUCGCCUCAUGCGCCCUCAACCGCACCAUCAGCGCAACGUGGGCAUGUCGGCAGCAACGAUUGGCCAUGAACAACUGCAUGGUGGCGCAUGCGACGCAGGAAGAGCAGGACCGCGCGAGAGAAGAGUGGUUCGCGACGAGGGAGCUGCGCAAGCGGGAGAGGGAGGAAAAGGAGAGGAAGCGCAUCGAGCAGGAGAAGUUCCACCGCGAGUGGUGGGGCUUGGACGAUGAAGGAAAGAGGAAGUUCGAGAAGAAGUGA